AACCGGCGCGCGCGUGAGGGCGGGGAAGCCGGCGCGCAGAUCUGGCGGUGAGCGCCGCAGCCCUGGGGCCCCCAGCCAUGUCGGCCGAGGAGAUGGUGCAGAUCCGCCUGGAGGACCGCUGCUACCCGGUGAGCAAGAGGAAGCUCAUCGAGCAGAGCGACUACUUCCGCGCCCUGUACCGCUCCGGCAUGCGCGAGGCCCUGAGCCAGGAGGCCGGCGGCCCGGAGGUGCAGCAGCUGCGCGGCCUCAGCGCGCCAGGCCUGCGGCUGGUCCUGGACUUCAUCAACGCCGGCGGGGCCCGCGAAGGCUGGCUCCUGGGCCCGCGCGGGGAGAAGGGCGGCGGGGUGGACGAGGACGAAGAGAUGGACGAGGUGAGCCUGCUGUCCGAGCUGGUGGAGGCGGCCUCCUUCCUGCAGGUCACGUCCCUGCUGCAGCUGCUGCUGUCCCAGGUGCGGCUUAACAACUGCCUGGAGAUGUACCGCCUGGCGCAGGUGUACGGGCUGCCCGACCUGCAGGAGGCCUGUCUGCGCUUCAUGGUCGUCCACUUCCACGAGGUGCUGUGCAAGCCCCAGUUCCACCUCCUGGGAUCUCCUCCCCAAGCCCCAGGGGAUGUCAGCCUGAAGCAGAGGCUGAGGGAGGCCCGGAUGACUGGGACUCCUGUCCUCGUGGCCCUUGGGGACUUCCUGGGGGGACCCCUGGCCCCUCACCCCUACCAGGGGGAGCCCCCGUCCAUGCUCAGGUACGAGGAAAUGACUGAGCGUUGGUUCCCGCUGGCCAACAACCUUCCUCCCGACCUGGUCAAUGUCAGGGGCUAUGGGUCCGCCAUCCUGGACAACUACCUCUUCAUAGUGGGCGGGUACAGGAUCACCAGUCAGGAGAUCUCCGCUGCGCAUUCCUACAACCCCAGCACCAACGAAUGGCUCCAGGUGGCCUCCAUGAACCAGAAGAGGUCUAACUUCAAACUCGUGGCUGUUAAUUCAAAACUCUAUGCCAUCGGAGGGCAGGCCGUUUCUAAUGUUGAGUGUUACAACCCUGAGCAGGAUGCUUGGAAUUUUGUGGCACCCUUACCCAAUCCUCUGGCUGAGUUCUCUGCCUGUGAGUGCAAGGGAAAAAUUUAUGUCAUUGGAGGAUACACUACCAGAGACCGGAACAUGAACAUUUUGCAGUACUGCCCCUCUUCCGACAUCUGGACCCUCUUUGAAACAUGUGAUGUCCACAUUCGCAAGCAGCAGAUGGUGUCUGUGGAAGAGACCAUCUACAUCGUGGGGGGGUGUCUCCACGAGCUGGGGCCCAACCGCAGGAGCAGCCAGAGCGAGGACAUGCUCACCGUGCAGUCCUACAACACGGUCACCCGGCAGUGGCUCUACCUCAAGGAGAACACGUCCAAAUCGGGGCUUAACUUGACUUGUGCGCUCCAUAACGACGGCAUCUACAUCAUGAGCAGAGACGUCACCCUGUCGACCAGCUUGGAACACCGAGUGUUCCUCAAGUACAACAUCUUUUCAGAUAGUUGGGAAGCAUUUCGGCGUUUUCCAGCCUUUGGACAUAACUUGCUGGUGUCUUCUCUUUAUCUGCCCAAUAAAACAGAAACAUGACUGAAUUGAAUUCGUAGAUGAAAGAAAACUGGUUCAAGAUUUUUUUUAAAAAACGUAGUGUCCCAUUGCAAGGGAGACUGAUUCCUAAAGGGUAAAGAAGGGUUAAAGUAGGUCACAUAUAUACAGUAGCAGCUGUAAAUAAGCUUACUUGAACUAAUUACUUGAAAACUUGUGGAAAAAAGAGACCAAUUUUGUUAUUUUUUAAAUUAUUGAUUUUUUAAAUUAUGGGAGCAAAUCCAUCUCCAGACAUGAUACUCUUGGGCCAAUGACGGAUCAUCAAAAUGUAGAUUCAUUGUGACUGCAUGGUAAAGGGCCACAGUCAAUAAUUGGAACAAAUGGUAAAGAUGAUUUUUAAAAUCUGUUGUAUUUAGGUCCCUUUACAGAUCAUUAGCACCUUAUGUGAGAGAUUUUCUUUUUCUUGCCAGUAUACUUGACAAGCAUUCAUAUUAACAUAUUCAUUCCCUCUUCUCCAUCAAGCAUACCCACACAUACAUCUAGUAUGUUUAAAAUAGGGUUCUGUGUUCAGAUAUUUUCUUUGCACACUACUUUUUAGGAAACUUACAAUGAUGGAGCCCUGCAGUGAAUCCUUGCCAGUGUUCAGUCCUCCUUAAAACUUGCAUAAAAACACUCUCAGCUAUGUUUCCAGCCUUCUUUGCAGGUACAAAUGCUGGAUUAAUAGAUUGAUAUAACCUCUUAUUUUAUUUAUGUGACAGAUUGCAUACUUAUGUGGUCACAUAGGUUGCAUUGCUAGGUGUUCUGUAUAAAGAGGAUAUGUUAUUUAGAAAAAAUGAAUAUAUGAAUAUUUUUAAAAAUUGAGUCUUAAAUUUAAAUGGGAAGGGAAGAAAACACCAAAUAAGACAAAAAUUUGCCUUUGAGAGUUACUUUUAUUGAAUGUAUUUGACUUAGUUCUUAUUUUAAGGCUUAAAAAAAGUUUAUCAUAUUUAAGUCAGGCAACUAAUUUAAACUUAGCUUUGUAAUUCAUGUUUUGCUUUUGUGGACUAAGGUAAGGACAGCAGUUAAACAUUUGUGCUGGAGUAAGAGGAAGAAACCCUUACAGAAGUGGAAUGGCUUCUGGUAGUAUUUCUGAAGUUAGGUAAAGUGCUUUUUACUUGCCUUGGUUGUUAAUUGAAAUAGAAUUCAGCUCAAGCAGCUGUUUUCACUGAGGGAGUUAACAAUAAAAGUUUCUGCCAAUCAUAGAUCAGCAUUCCUCAAAAAUAUAUAUACUCAUACUUACAGAAAUUUUAUUUUGAUUGAAAAACACUCUAAAAUUAUCUGAUAUUUUGUAAUGGAAUCAGUUAAACUGAGCUGGAUUCCAUCAUUCUGCACUAACAGCAGGCAGAACCAUUUAAGUUAGUGUGUGCCUCACUUUAAGAAAAUCCCGUUGCGGGAAAAAAACUGUCAGAGCAAAUUCAUGCAUUCAGCAAACACGUAUUGAGUGCCUGCAAUAUGCCGUCCACUGUGCAGAUGUAGGAUGGGGCUAAUUACUUAGAGUUCUUCAGUUUAUUAUAGGGGUCACUAUAGGGUUUCUUUACAACUAUGGUCUCUAGUAUAUACUUAAAAUAACCGUCCAGUUAUAAAAAGCCUAUUUGCACAACUUUUUUGGGAAUACUUCUAUUAAGUAAAAUGAGGUAAGCCAUUAUUUUGGACAUAGAAACAGAUCUUUGUAUCUUGUCACCAAAUAAUCUUAUCUCUGAAGUCUACUUAUAACUUUGUAAGGGUUUCUAAGCUGUGCCCAUUUAUUCCCAAAUAUUAAGCCCUUAAAAAGGUAACCUCUGAACAAAAAUCUGUGCCCAGUAAUAGUACUUAAUAGAUUUUAAUGUUAAUUUAUAUUCAUUAUAGAAUUGAAUUUCCAGUGACCUAUAUUUUAUUACAUAUAUUUUAAAAUCUAAUUUAUUUUAGAUGGUGUUAACUUUUUCUUGCUGAAGAGCUUAACUUUUUAAAGGCUUAGUCCUAUACAUUUAGAAGAUGAGUCAGUUGAAUUAGUACUGGACAAACAGUUGGAGAUUAGCUUGCAAAUAAGCACAUCAUAUCAAAUACAGUAUUCCUGCCAACCAGUUAAUUCUCUUCCUGAUUACAUUAUUUGGAUCUGUUUGCCUAAUCUUAACAAUUAGAUUCUUGGACCAAGUGUAGGUAUACUCUGAUCCGCAAAGCUCUUUUAUAAACCAGGUUUGGGUUGUGUGUAUGUGUGUGUUUGGAUAGUAUAGCUCUCUUUAGGACAGGCAUCUAUCAAGAUUUUGUUAUUCUGGGCUGCCAGCAGUACUUGAGAAAGGUAGAAUGUGCAAUAGGAACAGAUUUGUGCAUUUUGGGAUAUCCUUCCUGCCGUGCACAUCAGCUGUGUUGACAUUUUGAGGAUAGUUUUAAUUUAGCUGUCUUCUUGUUGGUGCCAGUUUACACUGAAGACCCUACCUAUGAUAGAGGCAACGUUGUUUUGAAAAUCUCCCUUCAUCCCCUAGGACUGUCCUUUACUCCUUGAUAGUAUCUCUCCAUUUUCUUCCCAAUUCUCUAAAUGCUUUAUCAUUUUUUUUCAGAGAUGCUUCUGAGGGACCCUGACCUCCCACUAUGGGGAUGGGGUUGCUUGGAGGACCUGGGGUGACAGCCCACUGACCAGAAGCACCCUAUUUUAUAAAUAGCGGCUUGGAUGGUGGAGGGUGAGUCUCAUGUGUGGGUUGUUAGAAGGCUGGUUCGGACGUCCUGUCAUUCUCUCUGGCUUUCCUUUCAACCCCCUCAGUUUCAGAGGCCUCUCCCCUUAGCAUCCUUUAAAAGGUUUUCUCAUGAAUGUCUACAAGAGUUGAUUAUUUUGACAGUAUAGGUUAAGUCACAACGACGAAGUACUGAGAAGGUUAUCAGUACCAGGAAAACAGAAGUCUUAAGAUUAGAAUGAGAACCAAAGAGAAUUUAACCCUGCCAUUUUUUUUAAACACCAAGAUCCUAAGUAAUUCUAAAUGCCUUAGAUAUCAAUGAAAGCUACACACCAUUGAGAUGAACAAAAUUCUCUCUCUGUGAAGGGAGUAAUCAAGUAAAUGCCUGUUCUCUUUCAAUGGACUGUUGCUUAUUGAGCAUUGUGGAUAAUGUGUUUUCAGAUUUCCAGUUCUGACCCUACCUGUUUGGCCAAAGAUGUAAAUUGAGAGGAAAGGCCUUGGUCUUCCUGAUCAGCCAGCAUUUAAUGAACAGUGGCUUAAUGCAGAUCACUCAAGAGGCAGCACAGCAGUGUAAAAGGAAUGUAAGUAGGAGUUGGAUGCCUUUUUCCUAGGCCAGGAAUGGGGAAUACAUAACAUCUGUGCCAUCGUUCUUCUAAGGAGGCAUUAUUGAAUGAGUGCAGCAUUCCUUUCCUCUGUGCCAGGAUUUGGUCUUAGAAUCCAUGUCAGAUGGGUGCUUCCAGACAUCUAUUCCCAAUCCAUCAGCUAUUUGCCACCCCUGCCUUAGACAGAGGAGUGAAGGAAUUAAGAGGGUAGACACCAACCAAAAUGGCUUUGAAAGCAAUAAGCUGAUUCAGCUCUAGUCCUGUGGUAACUAGAAAGUGUCUGUCAUGUGCAAGACAAUGCUAAGAACUGAGAAUGCAGAUAUAAAUGUCACAGUCCAUGACCUUGAAGAGCUCACAGCCUUAUAAAGAGGUUCACUGUAAUUGUCUUCACCAGGGCGUCCUUCUCAAAGAUGCCUACUUUUGUCUGGCACAUAGGGGCAUGGUGGUCUGGUGGUCCCUUCCAUCUUGGCCCAAUCUAUCCUUUGUUUUUGUGAUUUACUAACAAUUACCAUUAACCAGUUUUGUUUUUCUUUUCAAUUUGAACAUCACAUCCUGUGUUUUAGUUUUUUCCUCUAUGCUUUUCUCUCACUGCUUUUCAUAGUCUUCUGUGUACUUUAUUAUUAUGAAAAAAAUGAAAAUCAUAUGUAAUUUGCUUUAUUUUAAAAUGCUCACUAAGCACUGCAGACUUUGCAGUUGGGGUCCCAGCUGCUUGGUCCAGUGGAAAGGAAGAGUGAAGCCAGGGAAGUUAGUAUCCAGGAGGGGCAAGUUGAUUGCAUGUGCAUUUAUACCUAUGCCUUUAAAACAUUCCCAUAAAAAGAAUAAAGAAAUUUCCAUUCUGCACUAGUACCGACGAAAAGACACUUGAUUUUGCCUUGUGAUAAUUAUCAAAGGAUAGUUUUUCAUCCUUAGGUUUAAUUCACAUAAGAGCUUUUUUUUUCUUUGUUAACUUAGGAACACAUCAGUUCACAUCAGCUGACAUGUUGCUGACGUCUGUACUUGACAUAACCAUUUUUAUUCCUACAGGAACCAUUAAAUAUAAAAAAUGGUCAAUUUUGAAGAGCAAAAGGGUGCUGAAAUGACUUGUAGGGUUGGCUGGUGCUUUUUCAAAUGGAUUGCUGUAGUUUAUUACUCGUAAAGAAAAGGAAAAUGUGAUUUACGUUAUUGUCGUUUUUUCUAUUUAAAAAAAAAAAAACCUUAAGAAUGGGGCACUUUAGCUGUCCCCACAAUGUUUUCAUAUCUAGUAGUCAUUUUAGGGAAAGUGAUAAUCUGUAGAAUGAAUAGUUAUGUUUUGAUAUGACCGAUACUUUCUUUGUUAAAAAGGUUGUAUUGUCUUCAAUUUCAAGUGUAGCUUAAAGUGUAAACAUUAUGUGAUUCAUUUGAAUACAAGAAUGCCUAUGAAGUACUCACUAUAACAGCAUUCCUUUUGUGUUUAGAACUAUAGAAGAAAAGAUCUUCAAAUAAAGUAGUUCUCAGUCA